AUGACCGUUUCCUUUGCUUCCUGUUCACUCGUGGCUAGAGGACGUUGGUGUCAUACACAAGAAGGGCUCGCCAAGUAUUUUCAUUUUCCACUGAAGUAAGAGAAGAAAUAGCAAACAAAAUGUUUGCCCGUUCCGUGAGACCGACAGUGAGCCUGGCUCGGAGCCUGUCCACCUCUUCUCAGAACAACGCCAAGGUUGCGGUGCUAGGAGCGUCCGGCGGCAUAGGCCAGCCACUGUCUCUGCUUCUCAAGAACAGCCCCCUGGUGAGUCACCUUUCCCUGUUUGAUAUUGCCCAUACUCCCGGGGUGGCUGCAGACCUUAGCCACAUCGAAACAAGGGCCCAGGUGACCGGCCACAUGGGCCCCGACCAGCUGGAUGCUGCUCUGCAGGGCUGCGAAGUCGUGGUCAUCCCCGCCGGUGUGCCCAGAAAACCCGGCAUGACCCGUGAUGAUCUCUUCAACACCAACGCCACCAUAGUAGCCACCUUGGCCGAUGCCUGUGCUCGCAACUGCCCCGAGGCUAUGAUCUGCAUUAUCGCUAACCCUGUCAACUCUACCAUCCCCAUUGCAUCAGAGGUCAUGAAGAAGCAUGGAGUUUAUAACCCCAACAGAAUGUUUGGUGUCACUACCCUGGACAUUGUCAGAGCUAACGCCUUUGUGGCAGAUCUCAAAGGCCUUGACCCAGCUCGUGUCAACGUACCAGUCAUUGGAGGUCAUGCUGGGAUAACCAUCAUUCCCCUCAUUUCCCAGUGCACACCAAAGGUGGAGUUCCCUGCUGACCAGCUGGCUGCUUUGACCAGCAGGAUCCAGGAGGCCGGCACAGAGGUAGUGAAAGCCAAGGCAGGAGCUGGAUCUGCUACCCUGUCCAUGGCCUAUGCUGGUGCCCGUUUCACCUUCUCUGUCUUGGACGCCAUGAAUGGAAAGGAGGGUGUGGUGGAAUGCGGUUAUGUCAGAUCUGAGGAGACAGAGUGCAAGUACUUCUCUACACCUCUUCUCCUGGGGAAGAACGGCAUUGAGAAGAACCUUGGACUGGGCAAGCUGACUGCCUUCGAGGAGAAGCUGGUCGCUGAUGCCAUGACUGAGCUGAAGUCUUCUAUCAAGAAGGGCGAGGAUUUUGUGGCUAAUAUGAAAUGAGCAGGGGGCAUUAAGUCAGUUGAAAACAAAUAGCAGUUGUGAUUUGAUCAUUUGUUCCAUCUUAACUUAACAGCCAUCUCGGUAAAUCUCAAGAUCUGUCAGUGUUUCCCCUUUUUGUUUUUGUUUUGGCAGUAGGGUCCUCUUGAUUCAGAAAUCCUGAUUUUGACAAAGGUCCUAUGUAUCAUUUCCCUUACCUUCUUAAACAUGGUUUUAUCUUGCACUGAUUACUGUACCGUAACUUAUCUAUGUUUUCAAAAACAUUCAUAUAUUUUCAUGUACAGUCUGUAUCCAUGGGGAUUUCUCUGCUUAAUACAUGAGGAGGAAAUGCUGUCAUCAUGCCUGUUGAUGCAAAUAGAUGUUAAUGAUGAGCAAAAUACUCACUCCAAUAAAGUUUAGCUUUGAAAAAUGA